AUUUCCAGAACGUGGAGAACAGAUCCGGUGGGCCGGUGGUGUUGUUUUUCCGUGGGAGGAAAGCGGCUGAGAAUAUUAGGAGAUGAGGAUUGAUUUGUUUCACCUUACUAGGAAGUGAGUGUUGUGUCCGGGAAGGGGAGGGACUCCGACGACAAGUCAGGGGCGCCGCUGAGCCUCUGCUGGGCUGCAGCACGCUGCGGGUUCAAUCCCGGAGAAAAAACAACAGCACCGCUGCGUGCUUCUUGUUUUUUUUUUUGCUGGAGUAUCAGAGAGGAGCCUAAGAAAACCGUUUGUUCCGAUUUUAUUUUUUUAACGCUUUCAAUGCGCGCUCGGUCCGACCCGGCCCGGCCCGGCCUGCACGCCGCGCGCGUGUUCAGGGAGAGCUUAUAGCGCAGGCUAACGGCAGCCCGGUUUACCCCGCACGUCAAGUUCCCCUUGAACUUUGCCACAUUUUCCCGGGAGCAAUGUCCAGCCUGCGGCUGCUGCGGAGCGGCGCGAGAGCGAUCGGAGGCGCCGACGCACUUUCUGGAGUUCAUUCGGCGGCGAGGCGCUCCAUCAUAGACAUGUCCUACUCGGCGCACUUCAUGGAUUUCAAAGGAUCCUCCAUACCGAGCACCAUGAGGAAGCUGGUCGUCACCACGCUCAGUCCCAAUUUCAGGGAGGCCGUGCGCGCGCAGACCGCCGCCGUUCCCACGCCCGGGGACGCGGACUUGCUCGUCAGAAAUCGCUUUGUGGGAAUCAACGCCUCCGAUAUUAAUUACUCGUCCGGCCGCUACGACCCCUCGGUCAAGCCCCCCUUCGACGCCGGGUUCGAAGGUAUCGGCGAGGUCGUGGGCCUGGGCCUCAGCGCCAGCUCCCGCCACACCGUCGGCGACACGGUGGCCUACUUCGGCACCGGCGGCGCCUUCGCCGAGUACACGGUGGUGCCCGCCAAGGAGAGCGUGCCCGUCCCCGCGGCCCGGCCCGAGUUCCUCACCCUGCCGGUCAGCGGCGCCACCGCCUACAUCGCCCUCAAGCGCCUGGGCGAGCUGGCCAAAGGCCAGACGGUGCUGGUGACGGCGGCGGCCGGGGGCACGGGCCAGUUCGCCGUGCAGUUCGCCAAGCGGGCCGGCUGCCACGUCAUCGGGACCUGCUCCUCCGACGAGAAGGCCGGCUUCCUCAAGUCCAUCGGCUGCGACCGGCCCAUCAACUACGCCGCCGAAGACCUGGCCAAGACGCUGAGGAAGGAGUACCCGAAGGGCGUGGACGUGGUCUACGAGUCGGUGGGCGGCGGCGUGAUGGAGGUGGCGGUCAACAGCCUGGCCAACAAAGGCCGUCUGAUCGUGAUCGGCUUCAUCUCGGGCUACCAGAGCCAGUCGGGCAUCCCGCCGUUCCGGGGCGACACGCUCCCGGUCAAGCUGCUGCAGAAGUCGGCCAGCAUGAGGGGCUUCUUCCUGCCGCACUUCCUCAGCGACUACGGCGAGGCGCUGAGCAGCAUGAUGCAGAUGUUCGCCGAGGGGAAGCUGGUGUGCGAGGUGGACCGCGGGGACCUGGCGCCGGAGGGCAGGUUCGUCGGCCUGGAGUCGGUCUUCCGCGCGGUGGACUACAUGUACGCCGGGAAAAACGUGGGCAAGGUGGUGGUGGAGGUGGCUCCGCCCUCCGCCUCCAGCAGCAAGCUGUGAAUCGGCCGAUCUGUGACGCGCACGCUUUGAAAUAAGUGAAGUUUAAACACUGUGAAUGGCUCCAAUGAACAAAAUCCAGACGUUCAUAUAGAUUCUUUAUUUUUCUAAGCUGAUUGAUGCAACUCAAUAAAAAUCAAAUAAAUUAUAUUAAAACUUUAUUCUGCUGUCAGGGUUUUGAAAUUCAAAUGGAGUUUAUUGCAUACAGGCUGAGAAACGGGCGUGCAGAUAUGUUCUAACCUUUAUAUUUGACCGAUAAACAUAUUUUAGCUGGCCCCUUCCACCGUUUCUCCACCUCUGAGUGUACUCUGGAGCCGCUGCCUUAACACGCCUGCUUUUGGCACUCACGAGCACUUUAUCCACCAUUAAUGUUUUAUGAUGGACUUCAUUGUUUUUCUGUAAUGUGGCGGGUGGAGGGGGGGGGGGCUCACGGCGCUCUGUGCCCGUCAGAAGUGAGCGCUGCUCCAGGUGUGCUCGGCAUUUCAUUGCCUGUUUGUGGGCUGACAGAAACAGCAUUCACACAAUCAAUCUUUUCAUUCACAUGCCCCCAAGCUGCACAUAAUAAAAAAAAAAAAGAAGAAUUAGUCCACCUAACCAGGAGUUGGACUAGAAAAUGUCAUUAUGUUCCCCCACGGUGGGG